AUGGGUUGUAAUGCACAAUCUAAGCUUCCUAUAGUUGAAUUCAGUGAGGAAAAUUUGAUUCCUGGCACAACUUCAUGGGUAUCAACAUCCCUUUCUGUCCGAGGUGCACUCGAAUCAUAUGGUUGUUUUAUAGCAGUGUACAAGAAAAUCACUUCAGAUCUGCACAACGAAAUGUUUGAAUCUGCAAAGGAGUUAUUUUAUCUUCCAAUGGAAACCAAAGUAAAAAACAAGUCCAGUAUUGCUGGUUUUGGGUAUGGUGGGAACUUCCCUAUCAUGCCACUCUUUGAAUACUCGGGAAUUGAAAAUGGAGCAAAUCUUGAAGCUACUAAGAGCUUCACCAGCAUCAUGUGGCCAACUGGGAAUGAUAGUCUGUGGUACUACACAUUUAUACUGUAA